UCGGAGAAUGAAGGAAAAUGGCGAUUUGAACUCGUAUAUGUUGUAAAUUGGGCUUUUAAUAUAAUAUUCUAUUUAUAGUCCAUAUAUUUCAGAUGACAGGGUCGUUAGAAAGUCGUUUUCUUCACAAUUAGUGAUACAUAUACACCUCCGGAUACUUUACGGCAAGUUAGUUUUGUCUGAGUUUGUUUAGCAGCUGCGCUAACCCUGACAUAAACGUUGCUAAUGGGACAGGUCACGUAGUCAGAUAACUCAGAUACACCGUUAUUGAGAAGACGGGUCAUGCAGUCUUUACUUUUAUAUAUGCUUUAUCUUGCCAGACUGGGGCUAGAUGUGUAGAUUUAACCGAUAUUGACAUUAUUUACCUCAUAAAUGCAUUUCUUACCUAUGAAUGAUGGCCGGUCAUAAUGUUGUUUUUGCUAUCGAUGUGGAUUAUCAGUCCGAGGAGCUCAACCUCCCGAGAGACUUGUACCUGAGUUAUUUAAAGCAGUGGAUUUUAAAAACCCUGCUGUCCUUGAGUAGUAAGUAUGGUUUCGAAAACGUUCGAUGGGGUUACAAGUUUUUCCAUUCAAGAAGUGUGAAAAGUGCAAAUCUUAUAACAAGAGGCCCAGAUUUUAAAGAACUGCUAGAGAAAGUGUUCAGCGAUUUUGAGGGGGAAUUAGUCCAAAAAAUUGGUUGUCGAAAGUCCUCUGAUGAGCAGAACAGACUGCGACAGAGCCCAGCAAUCUGUGUGCAAAACACACUUAAGGAGAUCCUUUUGGACUUCCAGUGGGACAGACCAGACAUAACGUCUCCCACUAAACUCUCACUGCGACCCAGGAGGUCAACCAGAAAUCCAACAAAUAUUCCUCUGUCGGAGGAUGAUGUCUCAUGCCAAGGAAAAAACGUCAUCUUCUUGGUCUCAGACUGUCCCUAUUCCAGAAGAGAUGUGGUGGAGUUUUUGCAGCUGGGCACCGAUGACUCUGUAAUUCAGAGGGAUUUACCUGAGCUCAUUGUACCAAAGGGUCUAAUAGACAUGUUAAUUAGUCGGAAAGUUGUCCUGCACUGGGCGGAUUGCAGUACUCAUGAGGUUAAAAACGAGGCUGAUGACUACACUGGAUUGAGGACUGUCCUGGACGCGCUGCAUCCAGUAGCUGGAAAAGUGAUUCCUGUGCUCAUGACUGGUAUAACCCCGAAACAUCAUGAUUCUAACCCUAGGGACAGCAAGGGUGUACUUGCAUUUCCAUCUGGCUCAAGCACGGGAUACAUUUUGUCCUCUGAAAAGACCUACAAGCGAGCCUUUCCAGCUCUCACCGGAAAGCUUUGUUGGGGUGCAGAUGAGGACAAACAGACCUGUACCGUUUCGCUGGAGCCUGUGUCAUGCAGACAGAGGCGUCUGUGUGCUCCUGUAGAGGUGACUCUCAGAACUGUGCUGCACAACUUGGACACCUGCUGCCUCAAAAAUUCAUCUUCAGAGUGCUGGGUCCUGUUUUGCCCCCAAAGAUCAGAGCAAGAUCAAGUUGCUUUUCAAAGUCUCUUCAAUGAGCUUCUCAUUCUAGCUUCUGACAUGCAAGCUGAGGUCAAUGAAGGAGGUCAAGUCCACUCUGCAGUGCUGUCAGUGUUGACCUCCAGUCUGGCUGUCCUGACAGUUCUUCACAGUGAGGAGCCUCUGUGUACAUGCCUUGAUCGCACAGAAACCACAGACCUUCCUGACACCUCAGACCUACCUGAAAUUGUCAGUAGUGUUCUCAGAGACAUCAUGAAAGAUGAAGAUACCUCAGAAAAACUGAGUCCAUGUCGGAUUCCUGAAUGGGCAACUCAAGAGCUUCAGCACUGGACUAAUCUAAAAACAGAGCUCACAGAGGGCUGGUUUUCACUAUCUGACCAAUCUGGGAUUAGCUGCCAUUUAAUGGAGUCAAUGAGGCUUCUUCACGCUGCCCCAGAGGAGCAAGAACAGACAGAAGGUGACACCCAGGAGCUGACAAACAGUCUUGCAGAGCUCUAUCGAAACAAUAAAGAUGGACCGAGCAAUGGCUUAAAAGGCAAAAAAAGAGGUACUCAGCGUACGCCAGUUCGGCAAAAGAUGAAGACCAUGAGUCGCUCGUUGCAAAUGCUGAAUGUAGCCCGCUUUAACGCAAAAGCACAAAAAACUCAAACGGAACCAGACUCCUCCAGCACUAACAGAGGCACUGAGAAGCGAGGCAAGAGAUGCUCCAGUGAAAGGACCAAACCUGGUCCCAUGAAUUUUAAAAAUGAAGAGGAACUGCUGUCUCAUUUGAGCCUGAGAUAUCAACAGGCCGUAGAGGAUAAGAGCGUCACUCUAAUUACACAAGUGCAGGGUCUACUUUCAGUGGUGGAAACCUUCAUUAAAAGCAACAUUGAUACAGGGGCUUCAGUCUUAAAUAUAGUUAAGAAGAACCUCCUAAAAAGCACCCAAACCAUUCGUCAUCUCUAUGGAGAUACUGCUGAUGCUGAGAGUAAAAUCAGAGAUUGUCAGCUACAAGCAGUUUUCAGACUUGAGUUGUGCAAAGCCCUGUCUCCAGACAACCAAGAUCAUUUGGAUCAGUUGGUAGAGGAGGUAGCCGGAAUGCUGCGGGUGAUAUCUUUGACAAAAGAUCCUGUUUACCUGUCAAAGUUCAUGCAGGAGGAUGUUUUGCCAUUGUACCUGACUGGCAUACCUAAGGUUCUGGCUGACGUCUACCACAGCCUUGGCACCCAGCUGCCUGAGGUACUCGUUGCAGUCCUGCCUGCUGAUUUUUUUAGUGAUGAUUCAAUGGCAAAAGAAAGUGUUUCUGUAAGCUCCCCGCCAGUGUCAGCCACACAGAGCCUGGUCUCUAGUGUUGGAGAGCGACUUGAAGAGUUACGCAAUCGCUCUGCUAAAAAGAGGAGAACCAGCAUGCUUACACGUCAUAAGAGCAUGUCAGAGGCCCAGCAGAACCUCCGGCAAAUAGAGAUGCCCAGGAAAUCCACAAGACAAACAAAACCAAAGGAAUGUAUUCAACCAGAAAAGCUCAAUACAGGAAGCCAACCAACUCAAAAACAAACAGUUCAAGAAGUGACAAAGGUGAGGAGAAACCUCUUUAACCAGGAGACAGUGUCUUCCUCCAAGAAUGCAAAAAUGCCCCGGAGCCAGUCUGUAUCAGCAGUAGAUACAAUAAAGAAACGUAAACGAUCACAGAUGGAAGAUGGACAACACUCUUUACUAACCAAAAAGGUAUCCGAGACGCCCCUGCAUAAGCAGGUAUCAAAUCGGCUAUUACAUAGACAAAGGACUAGCAGGAAUUCUGGCGACACUGAUAUGGUCAUUGUUGAGGAGUCUCCGGUUAAACCUUCUUCAGAUUUGAGGAGAAGUCCUAGAAUAAAAAAGCUUGCAAGGAGACAUUCCAGUGUCUUCUAUUCCAGCUCACAACCACGGUCUCGAAAUUUGGACAGAGUCUUGUCCUCCUCGCAGCUUCCCGUCUCAGACAGUAAAGGUGAUAUUAAUAUUAAGGCUGUUAAGUCACCAAUGAGACUUCUUUUUGGUGCUGCUGAGUCCCCCGCUCGCCCUUCCACAUCCAGAUCAAUGGUUAGAGGUGCUGAAGUUGAUCGACUUGGGUCUGCAGAUUCUGUCUUUGAGAAUUCCAAUAAAACCCCAAGAAAAUCUCCAUACAAGCAGCUUGGUUUUGCAGGUGGUGACAGAACUCCAAGGACACCCACUUCUUCCUCCAAAGAUCAGGACUGUUUUUUUUCUAAGAGCCCAGGCUGCGCUAUUGGCGAGAACAGUAUGGUCCUUAGAGGAAGUCCAUUUAGAUCUCCUGCUUCAAAAAACUUAGUGUUGGAAACACCAAAGAAAAGCCCGCUGAAGGGCAUUCUUAAAACCCCUGUGAAAAGUUUCAUGGAAUGUGGGUCCCAUCCUGGCCCCUCUUUUAGGAGCCCUAACACAACAACCCCAAGGAAAAGUGUGACUUGGUCUCCAUCUCCGUGGAAAGGGUUGACGGAGCGACCAUUUAAAGUCCCAGAUUCCCCUGUUUCUGCCAUUAGAUAUUCCCCAAGAUUGGUCACACCAAGCAAACUUUGCAGAGAUCAAGGUGAUAUUUUAAAAACUCCUGAAAAAUCUAGCCAGCAAAAAAGCAAGGCAUCCCCUAAAACAGCACAAAGAAAAAUUAAUUUGCUUGAAAUUAGUGGAAACGUUGAUAAUAAAGAACCCGAGCUGGGCCAGAGGUCCGGGAAAUUUAAAAGAAUGUUAAGUUUGCCAGAGAAAGGAGAGCCACAGAGUCCGGAUAUUCUUUCUUAUGAUCAUCCAUCACCAUCAACACCAGAAAUAAAAACACCUAGAAAAAGCCCUGGACCAACACACACAAUGUGUACACGUUCUGGACAAACACCUCUUAAACAUUACCCUGCUCUGCUUCUUGACAAACCUGAAGGCCUAACUGACUGUUCCUCCUCUAGAAAAAGUAUAUCUGUGUUACUUAAUAAAGAGAGAUCACCAGAGCAGCUUCUUGGAUCACCAUUAUCUGGCACAAAUCCACCACUGGCUUUGUCAAGUGGGACUGAGCAUAAUCAGGCCCAGCAUUGUGGGCCUUGGACAACAGAAGGUCUUGAUGAACAGAGUGAAAGCGUUCAGAUGAAGGAGGCAUCAUCCUCAGACACGCAACAAUUUGACUUCUCUCAGUUCAGUGCUACUUCUACAGAAGAGAGCAUUGAUAUUGAAGAAGCUUCUGUAGUGAAGACAGAAUUAACUACUGGCAUUAAGAUGAACAUUUCUUUCUCACGGAAGUCAUCUAAAUUCCCACAGAUAUUCGAAUCUACAGAAACACCAGCACUUUGUCCCAAGACUACACAAGAGUGUAGUAGAUAUGGCUUUCGCCAGACUCCAGACCGGCAACAAAGAAAGGCAGCAGCACGACUCAGUCAGUCCCCUGAGCUCCCAGUGUUCUGUAGUCCACAAGCCUCGGGAACACCUACAAAUAGAAAGAAACAGCAUGUUGAACUUAACCCUCCUACGUAUCAAGUAGAAUUGGAAAUGCAGGCAUCAGGCUUACCUAAGCUAAAGUUAAAGCGUACUGACUCUUUCAAUUCCAGUGAAACAGCUGGUUAUGCAGCCAAAGGGCUGGUUUCACAUGUAAAUAGGAUGACAUCCAGAGUGGACAGCCCACUUGCACAUUGUUCCAAACAUCGAGAACCUAGUUGUAUAUCUCCACCUCACUGCACACCUGGAAAAGGUGGUGUUCAGAAAUAUAUAUGCCAGUCGAUCACUCCUACAAGACUCCUUACCAAUAGCCCUUCUCCACUGGGUCCUGGAGAACACAUGGCUUGGACCCCAUCGCCUCAGAGCCGGGGAAGGUCAACGCCAGAGAACUUCAGGACUUGGCCUCGUAAGAAAAGGGCAAGGACAGGUUUGUUGGAGACCAAGGAUAUCAGGGAAGGUUCUGAAAUCUUGGAAGACCCAGAGCUUGAUGGUGUGUUCAAACUUCCAGGAAUGGAAGAGCCUAAGGAUUUAAAGGAAAUGUCUGCUUUUAAAUAUACAUUAGGUAUUCCAUCUAAGCUCUGCUCCUCAGAGGACAUGGACUGGGCAGAAUCUGUGGUGGAAAACUUUGACAAAAGGGACGGUAUGAAAAGUGACGACCUGUCAUGGAUAAUUGGGAAUGCAUCGCUUGGCUCAGUGGUCACUCCUCCACACUCCAAAGUAAAGAAACCAGUUACUGCCAGUGGAAUCCUUGCUCUCACACAGUCACCCCUUCUGUACAAAGGAAAAAGGGCCUCUGUUACCAAGGAAACCACACAGUUUGAAGAAACAAGUGGAAACUCUGGUAUACACACAUUUAAUGUCUCGCCUGUUUGCCAACCACGCAGACGCCAGGCUUGUGGUAGGACGUACAGCCGGAAGAGACUGCUGGACAAUGAAGGAUUUGACGAACCUUAACACUUUGACAUUGCUGUUUUUUAUUUAAAUAUUUCUUGAGCAUUCUAUUCUCGUUGCUUGUCCUAAUGAUUUUAAUUCUCUGUGUAUACUUUAGGAUUUUAUGCACUAUUGUAUAUAUUUUUAAUUAUGUAAAAAAUUGUAAAAAUUGGUAGCUAUUUUGUUUCUUUGUGUGUGUGUGUGUGUGUGUGUGUGUGUGUGUGUGUGUGUGUGUGUGUGUGUGUGUCUGGGCCAAGUUUAUGUUAUCGUCCGUUAGUAAAUUGUUGAACAUUUUCUGCAAUGAAAUUCUCUCUACUACCCAUUAUGAUUAAUUUCUCAUUUAGUGUAACACAGAUGAUGAUGAAAAUAAUAAUAAUAACUAAUAAUAAGAAAUAACAUAAACCUGAAAUAUACAUUUUGGUAAAUGCUGAUAGUGCCAUGUUAUUUUAUUUUUUCCUAUGGCAGUGGUGCUAUUUUUAUACCGUACACAGGAGAAAAUUAUUUAAACCAUACACAGGAAAAAAAUAUUAUUUAUAUUUUUUAUUUCUGUUUGCCUCUGGAUAAGUAGAAAGAAUAGUUGCAAAAAAUGUUGAGCGAUCACUUUCGAACAACUGGUAUUGAUUGUGUUAAACUGUGAACUAAAUGUAAACAUGAAACAAGUUAUUUUAAUAAAGAUUCUG